AUGUCUGACGAGCGGGAAAAUCUAAAUUCAGCAAAAAAUGAUUCAAUCACCAAAACCGAACAGAUUCUAACAACAUCAAUUCAAACAAAGAAAAAACGAAAGAACAAAAGUGAUUUGGGAGAGAAUUUUGUUGCACCUGAUGGUGGCUGGGGGUGGUUUGUGAGCAUUGCCAGUGGUGCGAAUACCUUAGUAACAUUUGCCACAGCUCAACAGUUCGGUAUUAUAUUUCGUGGACAUUUGGCUGAUUUGGGUAUAACCAGUUCGCAGCUUACCACAAUUAUCAAUACACAAUUGGCAGUUUCGGCUGUAUCGGGAAUAUUCAAUGGAGCCUUAUUCCGUCGCUUUACCUAUCGACAGGUUGCCUUAUUGGGUUCCCUUUUAACAUUUGUUGGUUUAUUUGGCUGUGUUUUUGCCAAUACAUUUCUGUUUUAUUUGUUUGCAUAUUCCGUUUGCUAUGGAUUGGGACGAGGAUUUGUUAUUUCGGCUUCAGCAUUAGCUAUAAAUAUAUAUUUUAAGAAGAAAAGACGCGCAGCGGCCUCAUAUCAAUUUGGAGUGGCGGCCCUGGGACCAAUAAUACUGCCGUAUGUGGCCACGUAUCUGUUAAGCAGUGUGGGAGUAAGAUACACAGCUUUGAGUUUUGCUGCUCUCUCUUUGAACACGAUACCUUUUUCAUUGGUUUAUCAGCCAGUAAGAUGGCAUGUUAAGAAGCAAGAUAAAGACGAAGAAUCUUUGCGAAGCAAAUUCGAAAAAAGUAAAAAGGUUAAUGGGCGCCCACAUUCCGAGGUCAAUGAAGCAAAUGCAAAGAAAAAAUCACCUCUAAUGAAAAUAGUUAAGUUCUUCGAUUUGGAUUUACUGCGAGAUCUGAGCUAUCUCAACUUAUCCAUUGGCUUGACAUUAAUAAAUUUCGCUGAAAUUAACUUUGCCAUAUUGACACCUUUCAUAUUGUCCGAUUUUGGUUUUGAGAAUGAUCAAAUAGCCUUGGCUAUGUCUUUGCUGGGUCUUUGUGAUCUCAUUGUACGAUUUUUGGUACCUCUCAUAACAGCCAAAGUAGAAUUGGGCAAUAAAGUACUAUUUGCCAUUGGACUUUUGGGAAUGUGUAUUGGACGUGUUGUGCUUUCCUUCUCCAUAACAUUCGACCUGAUGAUUGCCACAUUCCUAUGGCUUGGCAUAAGCAAAGGAUUCCGUACUGUAUUUUGGUCGCUGAUUUUACCGGGAUAUGUACCACUCAAACGAUUGCCGGCUGCUGUAGGAUUACAGAGAUUAAUGUCUGGGAUUUUCUCUAUGGCAUGCGGUCCUAUUAUCGGUCUUAUGCGGGAUAAAACCAGUUAUUCGACUGUAUUGAACUUUUUCAAUAUUCUCUGUGUUCUGGCUUUAUUUAUGUGGUUUCUGGAAUCCAUAAUUCGCCGGUGUGGCAAAAGUAAAAUGUUAUCAGACCCUAAAAACUCCAAAAACUAA